UCCCCCCACAGUUGUGAAACCAGGUGUCACCGAGUCCGAUCUGCAGGGAGAUCUGUGGAAGGAAUCGCGGAGAAAGAGGCUCAGGGGACUGCCUGCCAAGUCCCAUAAAGCCCUGCCAGAUGCUCUCAAGAAACCCAGAGUUAUCAGCUUGGAUGACGAAAGCCAUGUGUGUACACAUCCCACUGGCCAGGUGAGUCUCCUGGGAAAAGAGCCAUCCGCAGGGGAUGUUGCGUGUCCAAGGCUGAGAGGCGUCCUUGGGUCCUGCACCAUUGGGAUCAACCCUGCCCACAGCUGUGCACCGGCCUCCUUGGGGGGACCUGAUAAAAGCCCCCGCUGCAGAUCCUCAGCCUCAGACAGACACGCUACAAUGUGGAGGUUUCUCUUUGCAGUUCUGCUGGCCGCUGGGGGCAAAGCGCAGGCCCCGGACAGUGGACCCUGCUGCCCCAUCCUGGACUGUGGGCAGCCCGCGUAUCCCCCCCUGAUGAGAGUGGUGAAUGGCGAGGAUGCCCAGCCAUACAGCUGGCCCUGGCAGAUCUCCCUGCAGAUUGAACUCGGUGGCGCCUGGUAUCACAACUGUGGGGGGACUCUGAUUACCCCUGACUGGGUCAUGACCGCUGGGCACUGCAUCAUGCCCUACUACAACACCAGGGUGGUACUCGGGGAGUAUAACUUGAGCGUGGAGGAAGGCCCUGAACAGUACAUCCCUGUGAACCCCGAGGACAUGUAUGAGCACCCCGACUGGGAUUCCUCCUGUCUCAACUGUGGGAACGACAUCGCCCUGAUCAAGCUCUCCCGCAGUGCUGUGCUCAGCGAUAAAGUGAAGCUGGGAUGCGUCCCCUGCGAAGGGCUGGUGCUCCCCAAUGAUUACCCCUGCUACCUCACUGGCUGGGGCAGCCUCCACACCAGCGGGCCUGACCCUGACAUCCUGCAGCAGGCGCUGCUCCCCGUGGUCGACCACGAGCACUGCACCCAGCCCGACUGGUGGGGAGACUAUGUCAACGAGAAGAUGGUUUGCGCCGGCGGGGACAUCCGGGCCGGCUGCUUUGGCGACUCCGGUGGCCCUCUCAUUUGCCAGUAUCCUGAGGACGGGAAGUGGUACGUCCACGGGGUCACCAGUUUUGUCUCCGGCUUGGGCUGCGACACCCUGAAGAAGCCCACCGUCUUCACCCGGGUCUCGGCAUUUGUCUCCUGGCUCAAAGAGAUCAUCAACAACCACUGAGCACCUCACGGGACUCUGUUUGUUAAAAACAAUAAAGCGCUUUCUGGCAA